AUGCCACCCAGAAGCAACUUCUCACAUACCAUCCUCCGCACAGUCCAUGUCCAUGAAAGCGCAAAAACCUUCACCGUCCCCUUCCCCUUCACAACAACCCACUACCCCCAGCUCCGCCAACACAGAAGCGCCCGCAACUCCUUCUCAUCCCGCCGUAUAAGCAUUCCCCCUCCCUUUCCCGUGAUACCCUCAUGCCCGGAGCCCACGUGUCCCUGCGCGCCCAUGCCUGUGAUGCCUGAGGGACUGGAGAUUGACCAUGCGCAAAAUCUCAAUGGGACUAUGGCGCCGUAUGCACAGCAGCUGCUGGUAUCGACGGGGCGGGUGAAUUGGAGGAGUAGGAUUGAUGAGGACGGGGAGGGGGAGGGGUGGGGGAUGCUGGUGAGGGGGUUGAAAGGGCUUCUAGGGAGGGGAGGGAAGUAUAGUGAUCCCUACAACAACAUCAUGAUUACAAACUCCUCCUUUCAACCCGCACAAAGCCAAACGGACACCGCCCAAGCCUCCGCCCUCCUCUUCCCCUCCUUCCGCUACUUCCCCGCCAUCCCCCUCGACCCCAGCAGCCUAGAAACCUUUACCCGCGCCUACCUCCUCGCCACCUCCCUCCACUCUGCCCACGACGUCCUCCCCGAGCCUCAAAAGACCCUCCUGCGCCGCGACCCGUCCCUCCAACCCUCCUUCACCCCCAACAUGACGCAGAUAUACCACUCACCUACAGUCCUGAUAUGCGGUCACGGCCACCGCGACCAGCGGUGCGGAAUUGUGGGUCCGCUGUUGCAAGCUGAGUUCCGGCGUGUGUUGCGCGCGAAGGGUUUUGUUGUUGCUGUUGGUGGUGGUGGUGAUGGUGGCGCAUGUGGCGAUGGCGAAGGCCAUGGAAGUGGUAGUGGGGAGUUUGUGGAUGCGAUUGGACGGGCGAAUGUGGGGUUGAUAAGUCAUAUUGGCGGGCAUAAGUUUGCGGGGAAUGUCAUUAUCUAUCUACCGCCCUCCGCGACGGUUGAGGGUGGCAGUCAGGAGGAUGGAGGGGUGAUGUCGUUGGCUGGGAAGGGGAUUUGGUAUGGGAGGGUUGAGCCGAGACAUGUUGAGGGGAUUGUGGAGGAGACAGUGUUGCGCGGGAGGGUUAUUUCUGAGCACUUUCGUGGAGGCGUUGGGAAGGAUGGAAGUGCCCUCUUUUUCACCCUCUUUUUCACCGCACCGUCUGGCGAUAUUGAGUCCUCCCAGGACUCGUUUGGACGCUGGGUGCACUAUAUGAAGCCGCAUGAUUCACAUGCCUCUCAUUCAGGGGUAUACGCAAUAUCCAACCUGCAGCUCACUGGGACGCAAGAUAUUGGCGACUAA